AAAUGAAAUAACCUCCAGAUACUUGUCCUGCAAUGUAUAUGAAUCAGAAAUAUUCAUUUGGAUAGUCAUACCAUCCUUCGAUCAAGAUCGGUCCUUCGCUGCUUGUAUAGCAGAUCAUGUAAUGUAAUGUAAUGAAUAACUCUUGGGCCAAGGAUGUAGGCAUACCAGAACUGGAUCAACUGAUAUAUUACCCAUAUAGUGUGAAAUAAAAAUGCCUCCAUAUACUUGACAUUAUAUUAAUUUCUGAAUUUCAUACUUCUGCAUUCACUGUUUUAAUGGAAUAAUUUGAUUUUCUUUCAGACAUGUAUUCCAAUCUGUUUGAUGAAGGGAGACAAAUACCCAUCCACAUGAAGAUGAAAAAUCGACUUGAACUUGUAGCUUUUGAUGAAGGCACACAAAGAUUCUUCUGCAAUGUGUGCCAGAAGUCAUUCACAAACAGGAAAAGUAUAGUAAAUCAUACAAGACUACACACUGGAGAAAAUCUCCAUAGCUGUACUUUCUGCGGUAAACAGUUUACAAGAAACUCUCAGUUGGUCAGACAUCAAAGAAUCCACACCGGAGAUAAGCCAUUUCAGUGUUUUAUAUGCCUUAAAUCAUUUGGAGACCCUUCAUGUCACACCAGACAUAUGAAAAGAACUCACUUGAAGCAAUGAUCUAAGUGCCUGUAUAUAAACAAACAAUUCUCCUUUUCGCGGUUCGCUUUUUGAAUCAGAACGUUCGCAAAUAUGCACUGAAAAAGCACUCAAAAAGGACAAAAUUUGAUUGGUCAAUAUUUUCCCACUAUGCAUUUCACGUAGCUAUUUGCGUGACACGAAAGUUCUAAAUCAAACUAAUUACUCAAUUUUGUUUUCACACCCGCACGCUAAAUAAAACAAU